GAAUAACGGCAUGCACUGCUCCCGGAAGGGGGCUUCCUCCAGCCCCGCCCCGGAAGAUAAGGCGGCUCGGGGACGUCGCGUUUCCUCUUUCGGCCGCGCUCCGGGACAGACCCGCCGUCAUGGGCCGCGUGAUCCGUGGACAGAGAAAGGGUGCUGGGUCUGUGUUUCGCGCGCACGUGAAGCAUCGCAAGGGCGCUGCUCGUCUACGCGCCGUGGAUUUUGCAGAACGACACGGCUACAUCAAGGGUAUCGUGAAGGACAUUAUCCACGACCCGGGCCGCGGCGCACCCCUCGCUAAGGUGGUCUUCCGGGAUCCGUACCGAUUCAAGAAGCGUACCGAGUUGUUCAUCGCCGCCGAGGGUAUCCACACGGGCCAAUUCGUGUAUUGCGGCAAGAAAGCCCAACUCAACAUUGGCAAUGUUCUCCCUGUGGGCACCAUGCCUGAGGGUACCAUUGUGUGCUGCCUGGAGGAGAAGCCUGGGGACCGGGGUAAGCUGGCCCGAGCCUCUGGGAACUAUGCCACAGUCAUAUCCCACAACCCUGAAACCAAGAAGACCAGAGUGAAGCUGCCCUCGGGUUCUAAGAAGGUCAUCUCCUCUGCCAACAGAGCUGUUGUUG